AUGGUGCGAAAUUAUAUUAAAAAUAAGGAUACAGGACCCAAAUAUACCGACGAAAAACUAAACAUUGCUCUUAAUGAUAUAAUGUCUGGUGUACUCACUACUCACAAAGCUUCUGUUAUUUACGUUGAACUUGCAUUGGCCAAGGAGAUAACCAUUAUCAAAUUGCCUGCACACACAAGUGACUUGUUGCAGCCAUUAGACGUAUCUGUUUUCAAAAGCUUUAAACAGAAAUGGGACCAAACUGUAGCCUCUUGGCAGCGACAGAACAUUGGACAAAGGCUUCCUAAAUCGCUGUUCUCACAAUUUUUAGGAGAAACUUGGCUCAUAGUUAGUGAAGAUGUCAUCAUGAGUGGUUUUAGUAAAUCAGGGAUAUACCCAUUUAAUUCUGACGUUAUCCCUAAGGGAAAUUUUUCAAAAGAGUCUUUAGAGCGCUGGGAAAAACACCAAAAAGAAACUCAAGAUACUGCUCAGGAUAAUAUAGCAUUUGUAGAAGAUGUUGAAUAUGCAGAACAUAAUGUCAAUGCCCCGUCCCCAUCAAUUUUAAGUUCAUCAGGUUUUGAAGAGGUCACUCCUAUAACUACCAACUUGGAAAACCAACCAGAUUUUACAUCACCACCAUUAGAUGCUAAAGAGAAAUUAACUUCUGAAGUCCAAAAUCUAACAGUAACAUCAUUAGAACAGAUGAUUCUUGCAACCAUUCAGCAAAAACAUCCGCCAAAUAAACAAAGAAAACGAAAAGUUGCCUCAGGUGCAGAAGUAAUUACGUCUGCUGAAAUGCUUACCGAGUUAAGAAACAAAGAAACUAUUAAAACAAACAAAAAACAAACAGGAUUGAAUAGAAAACCAAGCAAGAAAGGAAAGGGGAAGAAAGUGACUCGAAAUUUUGACGAAAGUAGUAUAACUGAUGCAGGUUCAGAAAAUGAAAUAACGAUCGAAGAUAAUAAAAAAAUAAAAACGAAUGAAAAGCGCAAGAAAAAGAUCAAGUGUUUAGAUAGUGAUAGUAGUAGUACUGAUGCAGGUUUGGAAGACGAAGUAACAUAUGCAAAUUCAGAUGAAAGUAUGUGGAUGGAAGAAGAAAACGAGUCUAAUCAGGAAAGUAAUAACGAAAAAAGUAUCUCUGAAAUUGAUAGCCCAACUGGGGAAGAAGAUAAAGAAAAUGUGGCGGAAGAAGCAAAAUCGCAAAGUAUUGAUAUUAAAAAAUGGGUAAUUGUAAAAUAUGCCUUAAAAAAGGGACUUAAGUAUUACGUGGGUGUUGUGCAAAAAAAAGUAGGCAGUCGUUGGGAGGUAAAAUUUGUACGACGUAAGGGCGCAACCUUUGCAUGGCCUUUAAUAGAAGAUACUGAUGAGGUUACUGCUGAUUGUAUCGUCAAAAUAUUACCUAAUCCUGAAAUAACCAAGCGCGGCAUAAUAUAUUUUGAUUACAAAUUUAGAAAUAUGAUUAUAUCCUAA